AUGGAAAUAAUAUUUGGCAGAAAUAAGAAGGAGCAACUGGAGCCUGUGAGGGCCAGAGUAACAGGCAAGAUUCCAGCCUGGCUGCAGGGAACCCUGCUCCGCAAUGGGCCUGGAAUGCACACGGUGGGCGAGACCAGAUACAACCACUGGUUCGAUGGCCUGGCCUUGCUCCACAGCUUCACAAUCAGAGAUGGCGAAGUCUACUACAGGAGCAAAUACCUGAGAAGUGAUACCUACACUGCCAAUAUCGAAGCAAACAGGAUUGUGGUGUCAGAAUUCGGAACAAUGGCCUAUCCAGACCCCUGCAAAAACAUAUUUUCCAAAGCUUUCUCCUACCUGUCCCACACCAUCCCCGAUUUCACAGACAACUGUCUGAUCAACAUCAUGAGGUGUGGAGAAGACUUCUACGCGACCACAGAGACCAAUUACAUCAGGAAGAUCAACCCCCAGACCCUGGAAACCCUGGAGAAGGUUGAUUAUCGUAAAUACGUGGCUGUAAAUCUGGCAACAUCACAUCCUCACUACGAUGCUGCUGGAAGUGUUCUCAACGUUGGCACAUCCAUCGUGGACAAGGGGAAGACAAAAUACGUAAUCUUUAAGAUCCCUGCCACAGUCCCAGGGGGCAGGAAGGAGGGCCGGAGCCCCCUGAAGGACGCGGAGGUCUUCUGUUCCAUCGCCGCCCGCUCCCUCCUCUCCCCGAGCUAUUACCACAGCUUCGGAGUCACCGAGAACUACGUCAUUUUCCUCGAGCAGCCUUUCAAGUUGGACAUCCUCAAGAUGGCCACGGCCUACAUUCGGGGUGUGAGCUGGGCUUCCUGCCUGGCCUUCCACGGGGAGGACAAGACUCACAUCCACAUCAUCGACCGAAGGACGCGGAAGCCCGUGCUGACCAAGUAUCACACGGACCCCAUGGUGGUGUUUCACCACGUCAACGCCUAUGAAGAGGAUGGCUGCCUCCUGUUCGACGUCAUCGCCUAUGAGGACGGCAGCCUCUACCAGCUCUUCUACUUGGCCAACCUGAACAAGGACUUCAAGGAGAACUCCAGGCUCACCUCCAUGCCCACCCUCAAGAGGUUCGUGCUGCCCCUCCACGUGGACAAGAAUGCAGAAGUGGGCUCCAAUUUAAUCAACCUGUCGUCCACAACAGCACGAGCCCUAAAGGAGAAAGAUGGCCAAGUCUACUGUCAGCCGGAGUUGCUCUACGAAGGCUUAGAACUGCCUCGGAUCAAUUAUGCCCACAAUGGGAAGCCAUACCGCUAUGUCUUUGCAGCUGGAGUCCAGUGGAGCCCCAUCCCAACCAAGAUAAUAAAAUAUGACAUUCUCACCAAGUCCUCCUUGAAGUGGGGAGAGGAACACUGCUGGCCGGCGGAGCCCCUGUUCGUGCCCACACCGGGUGCCAAGGACGAGGAUGAUGGGAUUAUCUUAUCGGCCAUAGUCUCUACUGAUCCCCAGAAGUCGCCUUUUCUGCUGGUUCUCGAUGCCAGAACUUUUACGGAACUGGCCCGUGCGUCCGUCGAUGUGGAGAUGCACCUGGAUAUCCAUGGGCUGUUCAUCCCAGACGCAGGCUGGGACCUGGGGAAGCAGGCCUCUUCCCGGGAGGCGCCGGCUAGGGCUGCCGCCGGACGAGCGGCCCCACGGACCUGA